AUGUUGAAGAUUUGGCAUCUAACGGCCCAGUUGAGGAUCUUUCUUACACCUCCAUCUGAGCGUGUCCCCUGGGAAAGACCGAACUGCAUCAUGCUUCAGAGUUUGUGGGCCACUCUGCUGCAAACUCUGGUCUGGAUUUUAUUUUACGUAGCUGAAAUAAAGGAAUCGUUUGGGCUGAUUAGGGAGUGUCUUGUGGAUGAAAAGACUUUCCUUGGGGGUCAAAUUCAUAGACACUUAUGUUCAGAUUUGGUUUGGGAUGAGUUGCUAUUGAUGAAUGUUUUGAAUGCAGAUAUAUCCAGUGUUAUGAAAGUCAUGCCUAGGGGAGAGGCAAGCCUAGGUCUCCUGGCAAAGUCCAAGCGAAACGAUGUUCAAUGAGGCAAAAUUAAAGCAACCAAAGGGAUCACUUUUUCGCUUAAGUGCAAAAUGUCCAGGUGAGUGCUUUAGUGAAGUUUUUUAAGUUGCUUCCUUUGUCUAUUAUGAACCGUUAGAUUGAUCAAUUGGAUUUUGAUAUGCCCAUAACAACCGAUUGCCCUUUAUCCCUAUAUAUGUCUCAUGACUAAACCCUAAUCGACCCUGAAUUUGCAGUGGAGACCAUAAGUUGCUACUAAUUCUCUUCUUCUCCCCUUUUUCUUCUUCUGUGAUGGUGCUACUGGAAUUCUGCACUUCUUUUUCUAGCUCGAACUAUAUUUUUCUAUUUUUUUGGCUGGAAUUGUAUUUUUUUUUUACUAUAAUUUUGCUUUAUGGAAGCAUUAGCUAGAUGUUUAGUUACUUGAAUUGUGUGUUUUACAGUUCCAAAUAUUAGGAUUUGGGCAUUAUUCAUAUUUUUUUUGGAAUUUAAAUGUUUAUGCUAUGGUUACCGUUAAGAUUUGAGAUAUUAUUAUUGGUUGUUUGAAUUUAAAUGUUUUUGGUUUUUUGGUUGCAUUUGAAUAUUUAACAUUUGUGAAGGUAGAACUUGAAUAUACAAAUAAUUGAACUAAAAUAUUUGCUUGUUUUUAUACCGUUCGCUUUACUUCGAUGAAGCGCUUGCUUCUUGCCUAGGAUUCAGGAGACCGGUUCGCUUUGGUUCACUUUACGCCUUAAAUAACACCGGAGAGAACUGCAUAAAUUUUCUUUUGGAGUAUCCCCAAUGAAUCUAGUUAUCUUCCCAAGUUAGAAUACUUAAAGAGUAUUUAGCCUUAUCCAGCAGAGUGAGCAUUUAAUAUAUGCAAACAAUACUAGUAUGGUAAAGCACACAGGAUUAACAGGAACAAAAACUACCUUGCCCAAACUAUUUGGCAGUAAUUAUUGAUUUUUGAUUCAUUAAGCCUUUUGAGAAUGAGAAGUCUCAUGAUUGUUAUCUUACUGGAAGUUAUGAGUUUAUUAUAUAUCUUUUUUUUUUUGUGUGAUAAAGGAAAUCCUACUUUCUUGCAUACUUUCAAUUGAUAGUGGUAUGGUUUUGUUGAGUUGAGCAGCUAUGCUUUACCAAACCUUUUCUUUGCUGGUCUCACUGUAUAUAAAGUAUGCUCUCUGUGUUACGUUUAACCAUUAAUGAUUCAUUUCUUAUCAUUUUCAGCUCCUGAUAUUUCUCAUUUAUGAACAUAAUAGAUCCGGAUCUUCUUUGUCCCUGAACAUGCCAGAUUCUUUGUAGUCUUUCACUUGAAGAACUGAAAAGAGAAAUGGAUAUGAGGAAGAAAAAGAGAGGUUUUUAUUUCUAAGUCAUACAAUGAAAAGCAGGAAAAAGCUGCAAGGAAGAGGUACACCAAAAAUGUAAUCAGGGUGCAGUUUCCUGAUGGAGUGCUGCUUCAAGGUGUCUUUUCUCCUUUGGAGCCAACUACUGCUCUCGAUGAGGUUAGAUCUUUUAGUUGCUUCUAUUACUUUCUAUUUGUUGCAUUCGUACUUUCCUGGAGACCAUGCACACCAAACGGUGUAAUUGACUAAUAGUCAAAGAUAUCGUUGAUGAUCUGAUUAGAAAGAUAGUCCAUUGAUGGUUCUGAUGGAAUAAAAGUGAGAUAUUUUUAUAGUUUUAUUACUUUU